GCUGAAGGCAGCCGCUUAACGACUGAGCCACCUAGGCGCCCCUACGUGGAUUUUCAUAGACAAGUAGGCUGGUAGAUUUAAAAAGUUAACUUUAGCAUUAUUAAUCUUUGAUCAUAUUCGGUAAGAAUGAACUUGUUCUAGCAGUUUCUACAAUGGGCAUUGCAGCUCUACAGUGGGCAUUGCAUGGGUUUGUUUUGGGGGUUCUGAUAGGGGUAAUAGUAGUACUUAUUUGUGAUUAUAAACCUAUAGAACCCUAUGGAAAGGUUAAGAGGGAUAGCUUUCUGGACCAUAUAGUACCCUUAGUUUUGCAUUUUCUGGGGGAAAAUAAAUUUGCUACUACUUACUUGGUAUGACUUUGUAAGUUCUUUUAGAUAGAAGUGACUUAAUUUGGAAGGGACAAUGCCAUAAUUGGUUUUUCCCACUGCCACCUUUGAGUACAUAAUAAAUACAUUCCUGAAAAGUUCGAUAUGUAUCACGUUGUGUUAACUGUUUGAAAACCCCUCUAGUCACAAUAUAUUAAGUCAUGGUAAUAAGUCAUUUUACAAAACAAAUUCUAUACUUUCAACUGUAUAAAUAUACAGUGAAUUAAACUAAGUGUGUAAACAAUGCAUGGAGUAAUAGUUUUUUUUUUUUAAGGAUAAUUACAAAUGCAUUCUUAUAGAUGAGCUUUAGGCUGAAUUCUGAAGGAACAGCAAAGGUAGGUGGGAGAAGUUAGUGGAGUUGAUGUGAAACUUUGAGAAGAGUGUAAAAGUAAUCACAAUGGGUUUUUCAGUGUAGCAGUCAUGGUGCAGCAGGAAUCUCCUGCUUUCACCCCUGAAGACAAGGGCUUCCUGGGACAGGCUUCCUGCCCCGUAUGAGACUAGAAAUUGGCCACCAGUCUUUAUAGAGUUUCUGUGUUACUAUGUGGACUCAGUAGCUGAUAUAUUACAAGAAGUAGUACUAAGAGGGUGAAACAUUUCUCUGCAUUUGAUGAUUCCGAGAGCACAGGAAAAUGAGAAACUAAGCUAUUGAUAUACUUCUUUUUCUUGCUCUGCUUUCCUUUCACUGAAGGGGUAUGGAUUUUAUUUCAGAGGGAAUGUACCUAUCCUGUCUUAACCCAAUGGUGACAGUUGGCUCCUAACUUGUGUACCUGUGGGGAGGGGUUUGGUUGUCACAUUGGAGAAUAUGGGAGGGCUUUCUCUCUCCUGACCCCAUUUAUAAGCUAGGGGUUGCUUCCAUUUGCUUUGUGUGCUAUUGAGUUUUCUCUGUUUUCCCUAAGCUAAGCUCUAAGCUAAUUCUAUACAAAAGAAAUAGUAAUUAGUUGUUUUUAUAAAUUGCUUGCCUUAAUGCCUGAUAAUAUGCAGUAAAAUAAGGAUUCCGCAUACCAUUAUAUAUGUCAAAUAUUACAGAGUUUAAGGUUCUUUUAAUUACGAUACUAAACUCAGUUCACUUUUGCUUAGCCUUCACAGUUGUUGAUCACAUAGCAUGGUCAUCCACUCACAGCUUAAAAAAAUACAGGGAGCAUCGGAGAGAAUGGGAGAUACUACUCGUCAACGAAUCAAGUUCAGUGAUGACAGAGUAUGCAAGAGUCACCUUCUCAACUGUUGCCCCCACGAUGUCCUCUCUGGAACUCACACAGAAUGUAUCUUUUGGAAGAGAGGUGUUUGCCAGCCUUCAGCAAGAGAUUCUUACUUUGUUCAUACUAUGUCCUAGAAUGGAUCUUGGAGAAUGUCUGAAAGUUCAUGACCUGGCUUUAAGAGCAGAUUAUGAAAUUGCGUCCAAAGAACAAGAUUUUUUCUUUGAACUUGAUGCUAUGGAUCAUCUUCAGUCAUUCAUUGCAGAUUGUGAUAGAAGAACAGAAGUGGCUAAGAAAAGAUUAGCAGAAACUCAAGAAGAGAUCAGUGCUGAAGUGGCAGCAAAGGCAGAACGUGUUCACGAGUUAAAUGAAGAAAUUGGUAAGUUGUUGGCCAAGGUGGAACAACUAGGAGCUGAAGGAAAUGUGGAAGAAUCUCAGAAAGUAAUGGAUGAAGUUGAGAAAGCUCGGGCAAAGAAAAGAGAAGCAGAGGAAGUUUAUCGGAAUUCUAUGCCAGCUUCCAGUUUCCAACAGCAGAAACUUCGAGUCUGUGAAGUCUGCUCUGCCUAUUUAGGUCUUCAUGAUAAUGAUAGACGACUGGCUGAUCAUUUUGGGGGUAAACUGCACCUGGGAUUUAUUGAAAUAAGAGAGAAGCUUGAAGAAUUAAAGAGAGUUGUAGCUGAAAAACAGGAGAAAAGAAAUCAGGAACGUCUGAAACGAAGAGAAGAAAGGGAGAGAGAAGAAAGAGAGAAGCUGAGGAGGUCUCGAUCACAUAGCAAGAACCCCAAAAGGUCCAGGUCCAGAGAGCAUCGCAGACAUCGGUCUCGCUCCAUGUCACGGGAACGGAAGAGGAGAACUCGAUCCAAAUCUCGGGAGAAACGCCAUCGCCACCGAUCCCGCUCCAGCAGCCGCAGCCGCAGCCGCAGCCACCAGCGCAGUGGGCACAGUUCUAGAGACAGGAGCAGAGAGCGAUCCAGGAGGAGAUCCUCAAAAGAAAGAUUCAGAGACCAAGACUUAGCAUCACGUGACAGAGACAGGAAUUCAAGAGACAGAUCACCUCGUGACAGAGAUCGAAAAGAUAAGAAGCGGUCCUAUGAGAGCGCUAAUGGCAGAUCAGAAGACAGGAGGAGCUCUGAAGAGCGCGAAGCAGGGGAGAUAUAAUUAGCUGUGUACAUAUCCUCAAUCCUUAAGCUUCCUAUGGAGUUACAUACUAUUGUUUAGUUUACAGCUGUUGGGGGUAACAGUGAGCAGUUCCAGACUCCGAUCCAAAUAGGCUAGAUGCGCAGUAUCUAACUUGAUCUGAACUGAACUUGUUUCCCCGAUGAAGCCUAAAACUACAUCCAUAGUUUCUGGUGAACCUGUAAUGCGAUUCUGAAAGUACAGUUUUAUAUAAUAAGAUGCUGAUAUCUUUAUUCUUUCUAGUAGGAGUGAUAGUGAACGAAUUGUGUUGCUUGCCUUGGGAUUUUUUGAACAUUUGUAAAAUGCUGUCUUCCUUUCUAGUCCACCAACAACAGCUUUCAGAAUUUUUCUUUUUAAUUCUUCUUCCUCUGACUUUUGUAUCCCCUAAUACCUCCACCCUCUAAUUAUCAGAGAAAGGGGGAGCAGGGAAGCAAUAUAACUUCUGUUCUAAGGUUCUGUUCCCAUUUAUUACUAGCUGAUUACAGAGCAUUUAUACUGGAAAGUGUGCUGGAGAAAUUUAAAUACUGAGAGUUUUUGUUUUGUUUUACGGUGCCUAUUUAGAGUUGGAAGUUGAACAGCUGUUGCAUUACCUACUUUGCUUUUUUUAUUGAAAUUUUGAAAUCAAACAUGUCUUGAUUUUUCUGUUCUAUUGAAUUGCUAUGUUCAGGAUGUUUUGGAAAGGGGGGUGGGGGCAGGGACUCUUUCAUAAGCACUUGUUUUAUUUUGUGUGUGUGGAGUAUAAAGGCUACAACCUUAUUGUAAAAAUUAAUAAAAUGAAACAAUCACCACCACCAUCAUUAAACUGUAACUUGUCUAGUAAAUUGUCACUAGAACUA